GUUUCAUCUUGUAGCAGAAGCACCCUUGUAAAAGGAGCUUAUGGAGUUGGAUUGGGAUUUUCAUGUCAAGAUCUUCUUACCUGGUUGAAGCUUCUGAUGACUCCGACUUGGAAAAAGAAACCUGUAAGAUGCAGGAAGUAGAUUUACUUGGAAAUAUCAAUAGGGCCUUGUCUCAGAUGAUAAGUCAGUUUACUCCAUCUUCAUCUGAUCUUCUACAAAGUCUCUCUGUAUAUUUCCCUCUGGGUACAGAUGAUACUGAUUCAUAUGUAACUUAUGAGUCAUUGGAUAAGAACUAUAAUGAUUUGGAGGAAGAUAUAUGGGGUAUUGCAGGACUUGUCCUCUGUCUGGGGAGUUCUAUUGGUGCAAUAUACAGAUCUGGGGCCUAUGAUGUUGUGCAAAAAAUUAAAGCCUUUGUCUUAUCAUGGAUUCCACAUUUGAAUCAUUCAGUUCAAAACUCUUUAAGCAGUAAAGGUUUGGAUAUAGCAUUAUCUGUGGGAUCUUGUCUUGCACUUCCGUCCAUAGUGGCAUUCUGCCAGAGAGUAGAACUGAUGUAUGAUAAUGAACUCGACCAGCUAGUGAUUGGCUUUAGGGAGCUCGUUUCGGAACUAGUGUCUGUUAGGAAAUCGGGCAUCUUCCAUCAGAGCUUGUUGAUGGCAUCUUGCGUUGAAGCAGGAAGCUUACUUGCCUGUAUUUUGAAUGAAGGUGUGCACCCUUUGAAAGUUGAAGUCGUAAAAGAUUUGUUGGCCUUGUUUCGGAAAAGUUACUCUAACCCUCACCCUCCUCUUACCCAUUUUGGUGGGAUGCUUGGUGUUGUUAAUGCAUUAGGAGCAGGUGCUGGAACUCUGGUUCCUAAUUACCCUUUAAAGACUUUGCGCACCACUUAUGACCAAAAGGAUUCUUUUUACAUAAUGGGUCCUUUACUUUCAUGUCCUGUUUUGGAGUCCCAGUUGACAUCAUUGGUACAAGAGAUGUUUCUUGUCGCACAAAAUUCCGAUGACCAUCAACUGCAACAAUGUGCAGCAUGGGCAGUUUCAUUUCUUAGACAUUGUUUGUGGUUCAGAGAAUUGCAAAACACUGAGAGUAGUUUCCCAAGUGAUGCAGCUAGUCAAAAAUAUGUAUCUCAAAAUUUUCUCAAGGACAAUGUAGUCAAGGAGCUCUCUUUGUGGCUAAUGCAUCUGAACUAUCCUGGGGUAGGUACCAUUUCACAUGUAUACACAGUUGCAACUGUUUUACGUUGCCUUUCUUAA